GAAACUUUCCACUUCUAAAAUGCCAGAAAACCCGGAAAAUUUCGGGAAAUUCAAAAUCCGGUGCAUAAUUUUUCUGACCCUACAAGUCCUGAUUAGCCUGUUCUUUCUACUUGGCCUUGCGCCAGUUUCUUUGGAUUUUGAUAUUGAGUUUGUACAUAAUGCAGUGAGACCAAUUCUACUUGUCCUAGUUACGAUCAACUUUCUCUGGUUCAUCUCGUCGAUUUCCGCCCUGAUAUGUGUGCUUCAGGACCAAAAACGAUAUCUGCGAUUUCAUAUCUAUUUCAAUUCUGUGAUCACCUUCAUAUACUUCUGCAAACUGAUCAUCCUUCUGGUAUCCAUCAACAUGGUCACAUCGAUUCUCUGCAUUGUGUGCAAUUUCGUCAAUUUUUGUUCGGUUUUCUACGAGAUCAAGCUUGUUUCUGCUUAUUGAUUUUGUUUGCUUUGGAAACUAUUUUAAAAUAAAUUUUAUUUGAAAUAAUGGUA